AUGGCUGAAGCUUGUGCUAACUGCGAUCUCCAUGAUUUGGGCUUUUCAGGACCAAAUUUUACAUGGUCAAAUAAUGAGGGAACUAGCAGGAUAUGGGUCCGCAUUGAUAGAAUCCUUAUUAAUUGUGAGGGAUUGAACGCUGCGCCUUUCGCCUCGGUGAAGCAGCUGAACAGAUUGUCUUCCGACCACUGUCCGCUCAUUCUCAGCUUAGGAUCGGACGGUGUCAGGCCAAGCUCUAAAUGGCUCCGGUUCGAGGACGUGUGGUUGAGCUACCCGGUAUCCUGGAAAAUUGUGGUGAAGGCUUGGGGCAGAACGGACUUCGGCUGCCCGGUCGAAGUGCUCGUUGACUGCUCGGAUGAUGGCCUCACCCCAGAACAAGACGUGGAGCUCCGUAAUGCUGUGGGGGAAUUCAAUUUGACACUUGCUAGGCUUACGACCUGGUGGCGGCAGUGGGCGAAAGUCCGCUGGAUUGAGGAGGGCGACGCCAACUCGCAUUUCUUCCAUACGGUGGCUACUGCUCGGCGACGGUCUAACCGUAUUGAGGAACUCCAAACUCGGGAUGGCGAGACUACGCGCGACCCCAAGGUGAUCCACGAUGAAUUCUGGCACUUUUUUCGGACAAGUGAAAAGCCAGAAAAACCAACUUUGAUCGUUGGCCAACAUUCACGGCUGAGGAUAUGA